GUACCGUAAAUGACACAAUAUAAGACACCUACACAAUAUAAGAAACCCCCCACAGAGUAUACCACACCCCGGUGGUAAUUUUGGGCGUCUCUGACAGACCAUCGAAUUAUCACCGGGGGUACACAAUAUAAGAAACCCCGGUGAUAUUUGUAGUUGCGCCGCAUGCAUUCGCGGGCCCCCUCCUUCUUUUAUGACCCGGGGUGACAGCAUCUGCCCUUGCGCAUCAUCACACCACACACACAGCUGUGUGCGGAGGAACACCCCGCAUGCAGACCCCAAAGAACAUGAACAUGCAGGCAGAGCAGAGUGUAGCCGGCACUACCGGUAGUACCCCCGCUCCUUCGACCGCUGCUUCGGCAACUGCUUCGACUGUAGCAGCACAGGCGCCACAGCAGAUGACCUUCUUUGGGCCCGCGCACUCUUCUUCUACGAGAGAGGCUCCUCCUGCCGGCACUCUUGCUCCUGCUGCUGCUGUUGAUCUAACAGCAGCAGAAGGAGCUGGAGCAGCAACAGGCGCAAACAUGACAGCCUCUGCAUCGCCUCAGCAGCAGCCAGUUGCUGGCUUGAUGUCAGCAGCGCGUUCGAGCACCGAAGCCGACGAAUCAACGCGCAGCAGCCAAGCAUCUCAGUUGGUGGACGUGGUGGACGAGGAGCCCACCACUUCCGCUGGGACGGAAGAAAGAUCCAAUGGACGUGGUGGACGAGGAGCCCACCACUUCCGCUGGGACGGAAGAAAGAUCCAAACGGCGCCGGCCGACUGGCGCCAGCAGUCUACGGAACACGUCGCGUCCAUGGACAGCAUGGGGUAUAAUAACGCGCUGCAUCACUUGGAAGGCACCGGCUCAAAGUUUGCGAAGGAGACGCGUGUUCGCUUGCGAGAGUUGGAAGCCAAGAAGGAGAGCAAGUCUCCGACAGCUCACCGCCACCCUCGGCGGCAUCUUACGGAGCCGGGUGGGGGCGAGGCGGUGUACGCCAAGUUCCUCAAGUGGGCGUCCUAUGAGAGCUUCAAGGAACGUCCGAGCGACAACUUCACGGACCCUGGCCGUACGCUCUUCCUCUCGACGCGUUGCAAGUGCCUGGUCCUCCCUGCAAUGGAGCAGUGCGCGUGCAAGAUCCACUCGCAGCAGGUGCUAUACAUCGAGGCGCUAGCCAAUGUCGACAUGACCAGCCACGGGGAAUGUGGUUGUCGAUGAUGCAAC